GGAGGCUCCCUGGACGGGGCGCUCAAGGCCCGCGGCUUGGGCGCCGGCGACCUGUCGGUGAGCUCCGACUCGGACAGCUCGCAGGCCAGCGCCAACCUGGGUGCGCAGCCCAUGCUCUGGCCGGCUUGGGUCUACUGCACGCGCUACUCGGACCGGCCUUCUUCAGGUCCCAGGUCUCGAAAACCAAAGAAGAAGAACCCUAACAAAGAGGACAAGCGGCCGCGCACGGCCUUCACCGCCGAGCAGCUGCAGAGGCUCAAGGCCGAGUUCCAGACCAACAGGUACCUGACAGAGCAGCGGCGCCAGAGCCUGGCACAGGAGCUCAGCCUCAACGAGUCGCAGAUUAAGAUCUGGUUCCAGAACAAGCGCGCCAAGAUCAAGAAGGCCACCGGCAACAAGAACACCCUGGCCGUGCACCUCAUGGCGCAGGGCCUGUACAACCACUCCACCACAGCCAAGGAGGGCAAGUCGGACAGCGAGUAGGGCUGCGGGUGGGCACCCAGUCCAGGUCUCAGUCUGCGCCGAACAAUGCAAUAAUUUAAAAUCAUAACUAAAGGGCCAGUGUAUAAAGAUUAUACCAGCAUUAAUAGUGAAAAUAUCUUGUAUUAGCUAUGGUUCUGCAAUAUUCUAUGUAUAUAUAAUUUACAGGUGGUAUAAAAUCCAAAAUAUCUGACUAUAAAAUAUUUUUUGAGUUUUUUAUGUUUAUGAGAUUAUGCUAAUUUUAUGAUUUUUUUUUCUUUUUUGCGAAGGGGGCUGCUUAGGGUUUCAUCUUUUUUUAAUCCCCUAAGCUCCAUUAUAGGACAUCAGACACUUUUUUAUUAUUUCAAAAGAAG